UCAGACUCGCUCUGACCAAGACUAAGCAGUUACACAGUGGGUAUCUAUUCUUGACCACACGACGAAGGAAUCUCGAGCCAACAAAGAGAAGUUAAUGAUCGUGCAGAUCUUAUUGCAGCCAAAUCUUCCUCUUUCCCUAUUUAAUCAUGCAUUUUUAGAUUGAAAAUGAGAAACAUGUAGCAAGCAUGUUCUUGAGUAUUGCUAUAAAAUCAGUAUUUAAAAAAGAAAAAGAAAAAAGACACAGAUUAAUCUGUCAGGCCCAGCACAAUAAGAUUUUUUGUCACCAGCCCAAUAAGAUAGUCUCUGUGUUUAUUAUAUAGAUGCAUGCCAUGCAGCGCCCUAAUUUUUCAAAGUGCCUCUCAUUCAUCGGAUCCGGCGUCUCAAUGGAUAGCUCUACAUUCGACCGCGGAUGGGUAAUGGUCAUGUGGGACGUAGAGGAUUUAUCAAUCCUUAAUCGUCUAGAUCCUGAAUUGGUUAAGAAGAAUAUCAUGUCCGAUCUUGAUGAUCAGGGUUUUUUUAGUGGUUUAUCGAACAUCUGGGCGGUCGUUGAUGAUAAUAUCCCCAAAACUUUGAGAGAUAUAUAUGAAAGCGCCGGAAUCUCUACGACACUCGUUCCCCAAGGAAAUAAACAUGCGAGAGUUCACAGUAUGUCAGUGUCAAGUCUUACCUGGGCACUGAGAGAGCAAAAUAACCGAUCAACUUUGAUUAUUCUCUCAGAAAACAUGAAAGAAGACAAGCAGUUUACAAGUGUUGUUGAAGCCUUUAAAAAGAAAGGUAAUUACAAUAUUGUCAUCCAAGAUCCUAGGAGCCUAUUAGAUAAAUGUGUUGGAGUCCCUGUCCACAAAACCAAUAAACGUGUUGACGUCGACAAAAGCAAUAACUGUGUUGACGAAAUCCCUGUCGACAAAAGCAAGCAUGGAUACCGCGGACAAAGGCGUCGUCGUCUCUCAUCCGGCGUCUCUAAAUUUGUCAAUAGCUCCGCUGAAAACAUGUUCAGCAGUAUCUCCCAGAGUAGAUUCGCUUGGAAAGACACAGACAUCUUCUGGGACUUCAAGGAUUCGUCAAGCCUUUAUGAACACGAUCCUGUUUUGAUUUAUCGUAGUAUCAAAUCCGCUCUUUGUGAAAAGGGUUAUCAAGGUCAUUGGCAAAUACGUGCAUUCUUCGUUGGUGAUGAGAAUGCCCUCUCCAAAGAUUUGAUAGAUAAGUAUAUAGGCAGCCGAAUCUGGCCCAUUCCCUUACCCAAAGAAUCUGCGAUUGUUCAAGUAAUGAUACUGAGAAUUCUUGAUUGGGCACGGCGCAACUGUGGUAGACCAUCCAAUUUGAUUAUACUCUCAAGUAACAUCAAAGAAGAGAAUCAGGUCGCAAGUGUUGUUCAAGCUUUGAGAAAGAAAGGUAAUUACAAUAUUGUCUUCCAAGAUCCUGCGAGCCUAUUACAUCAAUGUCUUGUAAACCCUUCCCACCAAAGCGGAAGAGAGCCUACGGAAAAUGCAACUCUUUAAUAAAACAGGGCCAAAGUAAUUAAUUAUAUACUAAUUUUUUUAGUGAA